CCAUUUCUUUCUUAUCUUCCUUAAAAACCCACUCUUUAUGAUCUUGUGCUCCUAAUUCUGGUGGAAUUUUUUCAAGAAUGCAAAGCCUAGCACUCUCUUGUGAGAGCAGCAGCUUUCUGUUUAGGCCCUCAUUUGUCUUCCCUAAUAUCAACACCCCUCUUGCAAUCUCGAGGUUUUCUAGGCGGCAUUCUCAUUGCAUAAAACAUGGAUGGUUUGGGGACGUAUCCAAGGUGGUCAGGAAUAGAAAUUACAAACGUUGCUAUAUCUCAAGAUCGGCUUAUGGUCCCGAAGAAUUCAGAAGUACAAAAAGAUCAGCAUUGUCAAAGAGGAAAAAUCAAAGCACUUCUGUUCUUCAAGUUUUAGAUAUGCCACAGAACAAUUAUCUGAAAUCCGUUGUCCUUUCUGGGAUUUUCAAUCUUCUGUUCACACAACAAGCAAGUGCUGUUUCAGAGGUUGCCACUGGCUUGCAGUCGUUUCCUUUCUUCGGGGACCUCGGAGAUUUAAGCACAGGUUUUGCUUCAGCGUUCUUGUUAAUAUUUUUUUCAGAGCUUGGGGACAAGACCUUCUUUAUUGCUGCUCUAUUAGCAGCUAGGAACUCUGCUGCUGUCACUUUCGUUGGGACUUUUGGCGCACUUGGGGUCAUGACAAUCAUAUCUGUCGUUCUCGGACGAACUUUCCACUAUGUCGAUGACGUUCUUCCUUUCAGUUUUGCUGGAAAUGAUUUGCCAGUGGAUGAUAUUGCUGCAGCUUGCCUUCUGGUGUAUUUUGGAGUGUCAACGUUGCUUGAUGCCUCCUCCAGCGAUGGCAUGAAAGCAGAAGAGGAACAGAAAGAGGCUGAGCUGGCAGUUUCAGAAUUUUCAGGAAAUGGUGCUGGACUAUUGUCUGCUGCAAACACUAUCAUUAGCACAUUCGCAUUGGUAUUUGUUGCGGAGUGGGGCGACAAAUCAUUUUUUUCUACAAUAGCUCUUGCUGCUGCAUCUUCACCUCUUGGAGUCAUUGGAGGGGCAUUAGCCGGUCACGGAGUUGCAACUUUGUUGGCUGUUCUUGGAGGUUCUUUACUGGGAACAUUCUUGUCUGAAAAGGUUAUUGCCUACAUAGGGGGUACUCUCUUCCUAGUAUUUGCAGCAGUGACAGUGAUAGAGAUAGUGAGUUGAAACAACCAUUAUUUCAAAUUUUUUCUAGCAAAUUUGUACUUUCAUAUAGACCAUAUUUCAGAUCAAGAGAACACAGAGCAUUCUAGUUAUGUUUAAAAUUUUUUUUU